GCCCCUCCUCAACCUUCGGCCCUGUCCGGGCCCGCUCCCUUGGCUCCAGCCGGGCCCGGCCCGGCGAUCGGCCCGGCGAUGACCCCCGCGAUGACCCCCGCGAUGACCCUGUACAGCCGCCACCAGGUCUCAUGGCUCCCGGUCGCGCCCGUCUCGCACACCGGCACAUGGCGGCCCUUCGCACCCUCCUGCUCCUCGGGCUGCUCCUGACGGCGCGGGGGCAGAAGGCGGCGCGGAGACGGCGGCCGCCCCCUCCCCAGAGUGCACUGGAGAAGGUGGUGGCUCAGGAGGGGCUCAGCCUCCACCAGCUCUCAGGGAAGUGGUUCCUGGUCAGCAUGGCCUCCCGAUGCAGCUACCUGCUUGAGCACAGCCACCACCUGGAGGCCACGACAGUGACAAUAACCAUCCUGGAUGGGCAGAGCCUGGCCAUCAGCACCUUCAGGAAGCUGGACAAGAUGUGCUGGGAAAUCAGGCAGCACUACCUUCCUGCCCAGGCCCCUGGACGCUUCCUGCUGAAGGGCCAUAGGAAAAGCAGCAAGGUGGAUGUGGUGGUGGGUGAGGCUGACCCCAGCAACUUCAUUAUCCUUUAUUACCAGAAAGGCCGCAGCACCUCUGUUAAGCUCUAUGGACGGACCAGCCUGGUCAGUGAUGCCAUCAUGGACAAGUUCGAGCAGCACAUCAGGGCUGUGGGUCUGAGUGAGGAUGUGACCUACUACUUCCCCACCUACGGGUUUUGUGACUCUGCAGAUGAGUUUCACAUCCUUGAUGGACCUCCAGGGCCAGGAAACAGCCUGUUCCCCUGCCCCAGCCCUGCAGAGUUUGUUUCUCGAGGGGCUGCUGCCUGCACUGGACUCCUGCCCACACAGCCUCUCAGACAAACAGGCAGAGCACUGGAGGGGCUGGAGGGCUGAGUAGACCCCCUGGGUUAAUGCUGCAGCCCCUCAUCUGACCCCUCCUCCCAGCCGAGGCUGUCCUGCCACAUUGCAGGUGAACGGAUUGGCACUGGCUCCAGGAGGGGACAGGGCAGCCCCCGGGCCGGGGAGCAGCCGUGUGUCCAACAGUACAAAAAAACAUUUUGCAAUCCUAGCGGGAACUGCUGGCACGUGUUGUUUAUCAGGGAAUUAUGUAAGGGAAGACACGUGUUGUGCCAGAAGCCAGUCCCUGUUCCCACCACCCGUGUCCAGCCUGGCCGCCCCCCGAACCUGACAGAGCCGGGCUGUGCUGGAUCCAGCCCAUUUUACCUGCACCCCGAAGUGGCUGCACUGGGCAGGGGGAUAAGGGAGCAAGGGGAGAGACCCGGGGAGCUGGGCUGGUUCAUAAGGAUUCCCCACACCCUUCAUCCCGGCUCGGAUCAUCCAUCGUUGGGGCUAAACCAUUUCUGAGUGCAAACACCCAGGUUAUGCCCAAGGGUCUGUGUCCAGCUGCCGCAGGAACCCACAGUCCAGAUACUCCGUCCUGCCCCCAGCCUUGCUCUUGCUGCCCCUUGCCACUCUUGGUGUCCCCUAUGCCCCCAAGUGCUCCCAUACUCCUGAGCUUGCACCGGCUUUGCCACACAGCUGCCUGGGCUGGCUCCCAGCUUUGCCACCCUCAGGAGACCCGAGCACCACCUGGGCAUCCAUCGGUCACCCCCUCCUGGCACCGGGGCAAGGAGCUGGAGGUAUCUGGCAGCAGGGGGGACUUUGUGUUCCUGCUGCAGCGCCAGGUGACAGUGACACCGCGGGUGUUCCUUGCCUCUGUGCCUGAUGGAGAGUGUUCCCCCAGCACCCUGAGGGUGAGCUCUGGGGGAGACUGAGCCCCAGCCCAGCACGCAGGGCCCCAGCCAGGCUCUGGGUCACUUUGUCCUGCUGGAAGCCAGCUUGGACGGGAGUGCUGUCCUGGGCAUGCAGUGUCCUGAGCAGGGCCAGCCCCAGUCCUGCCUGGCUCAGCUUUUGUUUUGUUUUAAUAAAUCCGAGCAGGCGCGGGGUGUGCAGGGCAGGGCGGCCUCACAGCGGGAUGCAGGGAAGGGAAUGCGCAAGGGGGGCUGCCAGGGGAAAACCAGCUGUUCUGAAAACAUGCUCCUUACGUAAAGCACCCUGGCAGGGCUGCACCGCGGGUCUGGGGCUCUGCCCUGCAUAGCCAGCCCUGCCCAAACCCUGCCAGACCCGUGGGCAUUGCUGCUGGCACCAGCAUACAUCCCCUGCCCUCAGCCUGCAGGAGAGUCCCCAGAUUGAGUGGGAUACCUUAGUACCUGCUGGUGACCCCAAACCAAGGAGGACAGCAUCUCCAGCCCCUCCAGCACCUGGCAAAGGGUGCAGGGUGGUGGGGCAGGUGGGCUGUAAAGUCCUAAGGUGCAUCUGGCUGCAUGCUGGUCCCCAGAGAGACAUCAUGGGGCUCCCCGGCUCCCCGGUGGGACACACCCCAAGGGUGCUGAGUUGGGUGUUGCAGGGACUUGAGUCAAGGCAAAGCAGGAGGUCCCACAGGUAUCAAGUCCCAUGGGCUGGGUUGGGACCUGGCAGGCCCUGGAUUUCCUCCAUCUCACUGAAGCCCCACUCGGGGUCUGAGGCCACCCUGUGUGGAUGGGGCAGCGCUGGCCCCUCUCCAUGGGCUGCUCCCUGCCCCAGCCCAGCAGCACUGGAGGCAGGGCAGCCACUCUGCUGGCCGCUGGCUGUUUUCACUGCAGAGCAUUUUGGCACCCUGGAGCAAAUACAUCAUAUCAACAGGAGGGAAGCAUUCACAGGAU